CUUUCCUACUUGUAUAUAAGUCAACCUUUCUGUCUGUAUUACAGGGUCGUCACCAUCAUAGAGGCGUGGUAGCGGUGAAGAUCGCCAACAUCAGCCGAGAUGAAGAGUCAGUCUGCAGGGAGCUGAAGUUUCUCCAGCAGUUCGGCGGCCACAAUAACAUCGCCUCUUACUAUGGAGCCUACUACAGGGCUCCACUCACGGAGUGCUCAUCGGAGCUCUUGGAAAUUGUUCUCGAGUACUGUGGUGGAGGCUCUCUUCAUAACCUCAUCCACAAGACCAAUGGCCAAUCCCUGAAGGAGACCUGGAUCGGCUAUGUCUGCAAGGAGGUUUUAAAGGGGCUGCACCACAUCCACAAGAACCGGGCCGUUCAUAGAGACAUCAAGAGCCUGAACAUCAUGCUCACAGAGACGGCCAGAGUCAAGAUCAUCGACUUUGGAAACAGCUGGAACCUGGACCCGCAGACAGGAUUGUGCCAUGAAGCAGACGGGACUGCACAUUGGAUGGCACCCGAGGCCAUAAGGCAGAAGGGCCAGCGCCUGGCGUACGACACCAAAUGUGACAUCUGGUCGCUGGGGAUAACCGCCAUCGAAAUGGCCGAAGGAAAACCACCAUAUGCAGAUAUAUACCCUGUGGAGCAGCUGAUUAGAGAAGCCCAACCACCGAAGCUUCAAUCAGACAGAUGGUCACAACGUUUUGUGUCCUUCUUGGAUUCCUGUCUGAAGAAGGAUCCUUCAGAGAGAGGGAGUGCUGAAGAACUCCUGCAGCACCCAUUCAUCACCCAACUGACACCUAAGAAGAUCAUCAGGGCUGAGAUUGGAGAACAUCUCCGGACUCUGCAGAACCGGCCGGCCAAGAAAGGACUGAAGGGAGUAGCUCUCUGGACCCUGAAGCUGCGGCGUGCUUGUGACUUCUGCACACAGACAUCGGCAGAACAAGAAGCAGCUCUGCAAGUGGCCCUGGAGGGCUUCUCCUGUUAUUGAUCUUGUGGCCAAUAACAUCAACAGCCCAGAAUGAGUUUCCUGAAUCACAGCCUAGGAAAAAGAAACAUCCACAGGAUCCAUUGGCGUCUGCAGCUCCACCAGCAACAUCUCCUUUCAAGCUGAUGCAAGUGGUAACAUCAAGAUUCCUGCAACUACACCAGCAGAGACUUUAUCUCCAUGAUCAUAUUCUUUUCAGUCUACCACAUCUCCACCAGUGGUGUAUUUGCUCCAGUUUACAUCACUCCACCCACACACACAUCUCCACCUCACUUUCCAACUGCCAUAGUCCAUCUUCCUUUUUUUGUAGACUACGACAACUCCAACAUCUUGCCUUAAACAUCUACAUUUCACAGAACCAUAGCAACAACAUUCCUAUCCACCUCUACAGCUCGACUAGCAGCAUUCACUUAUCAAACACCAUAGCUCCACUAUUAGGACUUAAGUUUGCAUUAGUAUCCAAUUACCACAUCUCCACCCAAGGACUUUCCAUUUAACUUUAGCUCCACCACCAGCCCUUAUCCCAUAUUUUACCUCUACCCGCAAGCUCUGUCCUUUUGCUAACACACCUCCACCAAUAUCUUCUUUUAUUUAGCUAUCAUCAAGAGUUUCUCCUCUUUAAAAUAUCUUUUAAUCCUUGCCCUUCUUCCUGGACCUCCAUUGGUUCUUCUGAUGCCCCCUACACAGAGGCUUCUCUUCUCCACUUUUUUCUUUUGCCCCCCCCUCUAACACCAAUUCCUCAGUGGUUUCUCCUGUUCAAAUUCUUUCCUUUCUAAAUUCUAUCCUUUCAAGCCUUCCACUUAACAACCAGUCACAUCUCCUACUCUAAACCCUGACAUAAACUCUUAGUACUGAUACUGACAUAAACUCAUAGUACAAGUUGAUCCAGGGACUUGUCCGAUUGCCCUUUGGGAGUCAGGAAGGAAUUUUUCCCCCUCUGAGGCAAAUUGGCUCUGGCUUCAGAUGGGGUUUUUGCCUUCCUCUGGAUCAACUACUAAAUAGGAAGAUCCCUUUUACACUAAAACAUGAACCUAAUAGAUGUGAGUCCUUCCCAACUUAAAUGAGUAUGAAUUAAUCUAAAAUGCAUAAAUAUAACAUCCAUUUUAUAAAUAAAUAUGUUAAUACACA